AUGGGUCUGUUUAAUCGCAAAAUCACCGUCUCUGACAAGGCCGUUACUUCGGCCGCGAACCUUACCUUGAAGCAGUCAUUGCUUCCAAAUGCUUUAGUCACCAUUCUCUUCUUCCUUUGGGGCUUCGCAUACGGAUUGCUCGAUGUAUUAAACGCCCACUUCCAAAAGAGCCUCGAUCUCAACUUUGCCCGAUCCUCCGGUCUGGCCUCGGCCUACUUCGGCGCCUACUUCAUCUGCCCCCACCAUCUCGGGAUGGAUCCUGCGGCGGUACGGCUUCCGGGUCACUUUUAUGACGGGGCUCUCCGUGCUCGCCGUCGGCUGUCUCCUGUUCUGGCCUUCCGGUGUUAA